CUUUCAUUUCCUCAAAUCGAAAACGAGUGGAGGCGUUCGUUCGGUCGAUCGCUUGGUUACGUUCACGUCAUCUUUUAUCUUCUAAUGUCUGAUUUUUGCAUCCCACAUGCUUAGGGGUAACCGAAACAAGAAAAAAUCAAAGAAUCCCAGAACCAGAAGAAAAGUACGAGUGAGAGUGACGGAAUUAAAUGUAAAAUAGAAAGUGAACGAAGUUGAGUUGAGGUAUCCCGUCCGGUUCGAUCUGGUAAAAGUCGGUUCAACUACAAGUUCGAUACCCUUUCCUUUGAAUAUCUUUGUUUUAACAUUUAGUGUUGUGGUAUAAACUUUCGUUUCGAUACGUUAUUGAAGUUUUGUGUUUAAAAGUUAAUAAGAAACAAAAGCAACAAUGUCCGAAGAAUCGUCCGCCGAUCGCAACGUAGAAAUAUGGAAGAUCAAGAAGUUGAUCAAGAGCUUGGAGAUGGCGCGAGGGAACGGUACAUCCAUGAUCUCCCUCAUCAUACCGCCAAAGGAUCAGAUCUCGCGUGUUUCCAAAAUGUUGGCCGACGAGUUUGGUACAGCGUCGAACAUUAAGUCGCGCGUGAACAGGCUAUCCGUGCUCGGAGCGAUCACAUCUGUGCAGCACAGGCUAAAGCUGUACACUAAAGUACCACCAAACGGCCUGGUCAUCUACUGCGGCACAAUAGUGACUGAAGAGGGCAAGGAGAAGAAAGUGAACAUUGAUUUUGAGCCGUUCAAGCCGAUCAACACGUCUCUAUACCUGUGCGAUAAUAAGUUUCACACAGAGGCGUUGACGGCUCUGCUUGCUGAUGAUAAUAAGUUUGGUUUCAUCGUGAUGGACGGUAAUGGGGCGCUGUUUGGUACGCUGCAGGGUAAUACCAGAGAGGUACUGCACAAGUUCACGGUCGACCUGCCUAAGAAGCACGGUCGCGGUGGUCAGUCCGCGCUACGUUUCGCCCGUCUCCGUAUGGAGAAGCGGCACAAUUACGUGCGCAAAGUGGCUGAAGUGGCCACUCAGUUGUUUAUCAGCCAGGAUAAACCGAACGUGGCCGGUCUUAUUCUGGCCGGUUCAGCUGAUUUCAAGACUGAGCUGUCGCAGUCUGAUAUGUUUGACCCUCGUCUCCAAUCGAAAAUUAUCAAACUGGUGGACGUAUCGUACGGCGGUGAGAACGGAUUCAACCAAGCGAUCGAACUAGCGGCCGAGUCCCUACAGAACGUCAAGUUUAUACAGGAGAAGAAGCUUAUCGGACGGUACUUUGAUGAGAUCUCGCAGGACACCGGAAAAUACUGUUUCGGUGUGGAUGAUACUUUGCGCGCUUUGGAGCUCGGCUCCGUUGAGACUCUUAUAUGUUGGGAGAAUUUGGAUAUUCAGCGGUACGUGCUAAAGUCUCACGCGACCAACCAAGAGACGAUCCUGCACUUGACGCCCGAACAAGAGAAGGACAAGUCACAUUUCACCGAUAAAGAGAGCGGCGUCGAACUCGAGUUAGUCGAGUGUCAACCAUUACUCGAGUGGCUCGCGAACAACUACAAGUCGUUUGGUGCGACGUUGGAGAUCAUCACGGACAAGAGUCAGGAGGGAAGCCAGUUUGUGCGCGGCUUUGGUGGGAUCGGCGGUCUCCUGCGUUACAAGGUGGACUUCCAAUCUAUGCAACUGGACGACGAGGAAAUAGACAAUCUGUAUGAUAUCGACGAUUAUUAGACUAUAUUUUAAUUUUAAUAACUAUUAAAUAUUGAAAGUCACAUCAUUAGAGGUGCAGCAACACGUGAGGUUAAAGUUGACUAACUAAAUUGGUAGAUUUUUUUUUUUUUUUGGGAAAAUAAAGAUGAAGUUUUUUUAAUAUAAUAUGGGAAAUAAUGUUGGAUGUUUUCUUCUAGUAAUUCCGUCCCAUUUUAUUGUAAUACAUAGAAAGUAAAAUUAGCAUUAACUAAUAGUGUACGGAAUCAGCAUUCGGAACCGUACGAUAAUUAUCGUACAAAUACGAUAAUUUUGUACCUACGUACGAUGUACGAUAGCAUAGUAUUAUCGUACGCUGAUUGUACGAUAAUUUCUAUCAUGCAAAAUUCGAGAAUUUAUAUUAUUUCACCCAUACAAAUAUGAAAUUUUGACGUGUUUCAUAUCGAACUUUUAUGGGAACAGUGAAAUUUUGUCAGAUUGAAUUUUAAACUUGGCGCGUUUAUUGAACAUAAAGUGGAAAGGGAAUCGGUUCAG